CAAAGUACUCGAUGUAUAGUUAAAAAAUGGGAGGGCACACUUGAACCUAGCUCUUCUAUGAAGGUAGGCUGCAGCGUGUGUUUAUUGAUGAGAUGAAAAGAAGAUGGAAGUGAGAAAUGAAACAAAGUAAAGGAACAUACUGAGAAAGAAGAAAAGCAAAGUAAACACGCUUCGUCGGGGGGAAAAACAGGGAAACACUGUCGCCACUUUUUUGAACGAGCUUCGAAGUGCAGCAGAGGAACCCAUGAUUUGGACAGAGAGGACUGACAGCCUUGCCUAGCACCAGGUCACUGAUCAGCCAUCUCCACCAGCAAAUUGACCCGCUCUUCAUUGCCAGCCCCACAAGCAUUUUCAUUUAGAACACAAAAAAAAACAUCAUCUAACUGUGACAUCAGUUGCAAGGGGAUGACCGAGCGCAUUCAUAACAUCAAUCUCCACAACUUCAGCAAUUCUGUACUUGAGACCCUCAAUGAGCAGCGAAACCGCGGGCACUUCUGUGACGUGACCGUUCGGAUCCAUGGAAGCAUGCUGCGAGCUCACAGGUGCGUGCUGGCCGCUGGAAGCCCAUUCUUUCAGGACAAGCUGCUCUUGGGCUACAGCGACAUCGAGAUCCCCUCUGUGGUCUCGGUGCAAUCCAUACAGAAGCUGAUUGACUUUAUGUACAGUGGAAUCCUGCGAGUGUCUCAGUCAGAAGCUCUCCAGAUCCUCACCGCCGCCAGCAUUCUGCAGAUCAAGACCGUCAUCGAUGAGUGCACCCGCAUCGUGUCCCAGAAUGUGGGCCUCGCCGGUCCAGGGGGGUUCCCAGUGAUACCGGGCGAUUCUGGCCAGGAGACCCCCCGUGGCACGCCAGAGUCGGGCACCUCCGGGCCCAGCAGUGAUGCAGAGUCAGGCUAUAUGCAAGUAACAUCACAGCAAAGUGUAGAUCGUGCAAUAACAUCACUGUACUCCUACCCUAACCUAUCUCUGCAGAAUGGCACCCGCGAGCGGUCCCUUUACAUUAACCCCCUGUCAGCAAAUUAUCCGAGCAAUCAGAGGGAUCAGCAAUCUCAAGAUCCAGCAUGGAUACACCGCAUUCAGGAACGGUCCCAGCAGGACCGCUUCAUGUCCACAGCAGAGUCCACCCACUGCCGCAAGCAGCCGCGACCGGUACGCAUCCAAACAGGCGGGAUGCACAUAAAGCAGGAGGCCGAAGACGAGUUCACCUGCUUCGAGGACAUGGGGGACUGCCAAGACGACACCGACCACAACGAGGGCGGGGAGAGCGAAUCCAAGGUUGAAAACUUUGACUCAGGGGUGAGCUCGUCCAUCAGCACGGAGACGGAUACCAUGGAGCAGCAGUCGUACAUGACCGGCUUCAGUCGAGACGGCGUUGGGGAGGGGCAGCAGGGCGAAGGAGGUCCGGUGCAGAUAGAGGUCAGCAACUCGUCCCCGGAGCGGAUGCAAAAAACGGAGGACGGGGACACUUCCCACAGCACUAGUGACGGUAGCAUGAUGCAGGUCCUGCCAAACUCAGUCAAACUCAGUCCCAUGUCCCAGUACAUGCGCCAGAUAGAAUCACACACCAGCAACCUGAGGAUGCCGCUCACCGUGACCAGCAAUUCCCAAGUGAUGGGCACUGCUGGAAGCACCUUCCUGCCCACACUCUUCCCCACACAGACGUCUAGAGACCACAAGCCUUUCCUUUACCUUCCCGGCCAGCAGCAGCCACAGUUCGUGGCUGUGCCGCAGCCCGCAAUGCCAUCAUUCCCGAACCCCAUGUCGGUACCGCAGGCGCCAUCUCAUCAGCAGCAGCAGGCUGCAGGAGGGAUCGGUCCAGGGGAAAAGAAGCCCUAUGAAUGCACUCUCUGCAGUAAAACCUUUACUGCCAAACAGAAUUACGUCAAACACAUGUUUGUCCAUACUGGUGAGAAGCCUCAUCAGUGCAGCAUCUGCUGGCGCUCGUUUUCCCUGAAGGAUUACUUAAUUAAACAUAUGGUGACACACACAGGGGUGCGCGCCUACCAGUGCAGCAUCUGCAACAAGCGUUUCACCCAGAAGAGCUCACUGAACGUCCACAUGCGGCUGCACCGUGGAGAGAAGUCCUAUGAGUGCUACAUCUGCAAGAAGAAGUUCUCACAUAAGACCUUGCUGGAGCGCCACAUGGCUCUGCACAGCAACGCCAGCGCCAUCACGGGGCUGUCUGUGAGCGCGGGCAACCCGGGCCCGGUCUCCAUCCCCAUGCCGAUUGCCGUCCCCGAGCCCGGAGCCGGAGUAGUGGCCCUCGCCAUGCCAGUGAGCGGCGGCGCCGGCGUAGGGGCCGGGGUUGGAACGGGAGUGGGUGUAGCAGCUGAAGCAAGCUGCCAAGAAGGGACCACCUACGUGUGCUCCGUCUGCCCUGCCAAGUUCGACCAAAUGGAGCUCUUCAAUGACCACAUGCGAAUGCAUGUCUCCGAUGGAUAAGUACAAAUAAAAAAAAAGAAA